GUUAGAAACUUGGAUUGACCUUUACAAUUGUGAAUAAUAAUAAUAAUAAAUUAACCCUCUGGGCAUUUCUUCUCUAAUCUCAAUUCCAUCUCCAUCUUUUUUACUAUUUUGUCUCUUGUCUUGAUUAUUUUUUUGAAUCGAGACAGAUACAUCGUGUCAAAAGGGAUUGGGGUUGUGGUGUUCAGAGAUGGAGAAAGGGGGUUGUUAGGUUUUGUGUGAUGAGGCUAUAAUAAUAAAGGGAUUGCCGGGUCGUGUUAAUGUUUAUGGUGGUGUUUUCAACUGGGUUAUUUGGGGCGGGUGAAGGUGGUGGAACUAGAAGAGGGAUGGGUGUUGUGCCAGUCUUAACAGGUUCCGUUGGUGGUUGUCAGCGUUGUGGGGAGGAGACAUUUGUGGAGUUGGGUUUGUGUGGCUGGCAACAAUUAUUUUGGUGGAGAGAGAGAGGGUCCUGGUGAGCGAAGACUGAGCUUUUAGGGUUUGAUGGCAACAAUUUAAAUAUUUUUUAAAUUCUUUUUGUUUUUAAUAUUAAAAAAAUCUAUUAAUUUAAUGUUUUAAAAAUCAUCUCAGUACAAAUUAAAAACACAAUGUGCUGUUUCAUCAUCAUCAUCACUUCAGCCAUCCCUUUCUUAUCAUCGUUUUCUCUAUCAAUUUCAGUUUUAGAAAACCGCGAAACCUAUUUUUUUUAAUUGAAUAAGCAGAAAAUGGAUGUGAUGACUCAUUCUUCCACGUUCCUUCUGCCCGGCAACGACCACGGCUCCUCUUUUACCUACGCACUUGUCGUCCUUAACCAACGCCUUCCCAGAUUUACUCCUAUUCUCUGGGACCACGCACAGGUGCGGGUGUGUGCUGAUGGAGGUGCCAAUCGGGUGUUCGACGAAAUGCCUCUCUUGUUCCCCCGCGACGACGCUCUUGAUGUUCGACGCAGGUACAAGCCAGACAUAAUCAAAGGGGACAUGGACUCAAUUCGGACAGAAGUACUGGACUUCUAUACCAACUUGGGGACCAAGGUAGUUGAUGAAUCUCAUGAUCAGGAUACCACAGAUCUACACAAGUGUGUAGCCUACAUUCGAGACUUUGCUCCAAACUUGGAUAGAUCGAAUCUCUGCAUUCUUGUAGCUGGAGCACUUGGUGGGCGAUUUGACCAUGAGGCUGGAAACAUUAACGUGCUAUAUCGUUUCUCAACCACGCGAAUAAUCCUUUUAUCAGAUGAUUGCCUAAUCUACUUACUUCCAAGGACCCACCGUCAUGAGAUUCAUAUUCAAUCUUCUGUCGAGGGUCCGCAUUGCGGACUCAUUCCCAUAGGGAUGACAUCUGUGGGCACUACAACAACGGGGCUUCAAUGGGAUCUCAGUAAGUAUAUCGAUUGAAAUUAUUCUGCUAACAUGGAAAUGAGGUUUGGUGAUCUGGUAAGCACAUCAAACUUAGUCCAAGGUGAAAAGAUAACAGUGCAGUCCAGUUCUGAUCUUCUUUGGACGAUAUCCAUCAAGAAGUUUUGAUUGCAAGCCCUCUUCAAUUAAAGAACUAUAAAGUGAGUUGUAGGUAAUUAAUUCUCUCUUUGUUCAUGUCAAAUUACAAUUGGGAGGGAAUGUUAUAUUUUAGGCAGUAUUAGCAUUCUUUUCUGCAGUUACUUGGAAAUCCUGCCUCAAGCCCUAUUAGGCUUCUCCUAUUGUUGAACUUUUCCUUCAGCUGUUUGCAUCAUAAUGAUGGCAAGGAGGUAGUAAUUGUAAGACGUUUGCUGAUGUGAGGUUUUCAUUGAUCUCCUCCCCAACUCUAUCCAGUGGUGAACAUUCACAAGGUAUUUAAAUAUCAAGUCCACAUGUUAUAUCUCA